GAGGGAGCAGAGGAAGAAGAGAUCGACGACUUGGAGGGUUUUCUCUCUCAAGGAGCUGCAUUCGGCGACGAACAAUUUCAAUUAUGACAACAAGCUCGGGGAAGGGGGGUUCGGCAGCGUUUACUGGGGCCAGCUCUGGGAUGGUUCUCAGAUAGCUGUUAAAAGGUUGAAAGUUUGGAGCAACAAAGCCGAAAUGGAAUUUGCUGUUGAGGUUGAGGUUUUGGGUAGAGUAAGGCAUAAGAACCUUCUGAGUUUACGUGGAUACUGUGCUGAAGGGCAGGAGCGCCUAAUAGUAUAUGACUACAUGCCUAACUUGAGUCUGCUUUCACAUCUUCAUGGUCAGCACUCAGCAGAAUGUCAUCUUGACUGGGGUAGGCGAAUGUCUAUUGCUAUAGGGUCAGCUGAGGGGAUUGCCUACCUUCACCACCAUGCCACACCUCAUAUCAUCCACAGAGACAUCAAAGCAAGCAAUGUUUUGCUAGAUUCAGAUUUUCAGGCACGGGUUGCUGAUUUUGGAUUCGCAAAGCUCAUUCCGGAUGGUGCAACUCACGUUACCACAAAGGUGAAAGGCACACUUGGCUAUCUUGCUCCCGAGUAUGCUAUGUUUGGAAAGGCCUCAGAGAGUUGCGAUGUCUAUAGUUUUGGGAUACUCCUCCUGGAGCUUGCUAGUGGAAAGAAGCCCAUAGAGAAGAUUAGCCGAUCAGUCAAGCAAACAAUCACAGACUGGGCUCUUCCUUUGGCUAGGGAGAGGAGGUUCAAGGAAAUGGCAGAUCCAAGACUGAAUGGGAACUAUGUGGAGGCAGAAUUGGAGAGGGUUGUGCUUGUUGCUCUCAUUUGUGCACAGAGCAAGCCCGAGAAAAGACCCACGAUGCUUGAGCUGGUGGACUUGCUUAAAGGGGAGUCCAAGGAGAAGAUGUCAAAGCUUGAAAAUGAUGAGAUGUUCAGACCAGAACCUACUGUGAGUUGUCAUGGAUUGUCAGGUCCAGAUGACAGCUCAGACACUAUCACUGAGGAGCAGGUUUCAAGAGUUGAUGUAAAACAGGAAACUAAUUCAUUAGCCGAAGCAGCAGUACAUAUUAGCUAGUUUUUAGCAGUUGAGUGCAGGGACUGAUGCGUGGAUGAUUAUUAAUUGCAUAUCAUCUUAUGCAAUGUGGAUGGGGAGUGUUUUUUUUGGUUAAAAUAGUGUUUUUGCUUCCUUUUUUUUUAUUGUAGAUGUUGGAAUGUUCGAUGGUUCUCCCUUAGUUCCAAAUAUAUUCAGUAGGCAUGUUUUGAAAGCAUGGGGCUUGUAUCUUUUGUGGCUUGCUGUUGUAACCUUCAUAUUGAAAUAUGCUGAGGGGAUUGGAAGAAAUAUAUAAUGGCAAGUUAUAAAAUUC